UAAGGAAGUGACUGCUUGUUCAAGCACCAGAGUGUUUGUGGCUGCCUGACAACAGGAGCGUGAAAGCCAUAAGUAUGAUACUCUUAAUACUAUCGUGCCUCCUGGCAGGCUGCCUGGCUCAGAAGCCUCACCCAUGCUCAAGUCCUCCUCUUCUUACCGGAGCCCUCUCUAUUUCCACACAGAAGGAAAAUUUGUGGAUUUAUGGCAAAUACCUGUACGAUGCACUGGGAGAACGGGUGCGGGUCAUGGAGUUGGGGACUUAUGAGAAUAAGUCAUUCACCUAUGACGCUCUUAUGCUCUACAGAGAGGGUACCGUGUAUGAGAUUUACAAGCAUAACCGUACAUGCAACAAGAAGCCUCUGAAGAGAGACUUCCACCCAAUGGAAAUCCCAAAAGAUGCGUCUCUGCUGGGCCAGGUUAUUCUGGGCAGCUCGUCUGGACCUGGACAAGGACUCCUGGUCAACACUUGGACGGGAGAUAUGCCCGACAAAGCAGGGAAGUUCCUGAGCACAGUCACUGAAUUCGGUUGCAUUCCUGUCACCUCUAUGGUCCACACUGACCUGUUUGGAUGGAUGAUGAUUAACUACUUCGACAACGUCAUUGGGAUUCUGGAGCCUGGUCUGCUCAACCCUCCAGACUUCUGCCUGGAUGCAGAGAUGAAGGCCAAUAAAGAGGAGCCAGAGAACUUCUUCAGCUUGUUGCUUAACAAGCAUUGAGGGUCUCCUUUCGCUAAUGAUUCUAAAUAAAAACAAGCGAAACAAACUGAAUCAAAGCUUUGAUAUGUGGAAAGAUAUUGUCAUCCAAGCGUCUUAAGUGGAGCAUCUUAGGCAAUUUCUGCAGAAUUAGAAAUGUUUUGAUUUUUUACAUAUUUCUGUUUAGUAUAGCUGCAAUUGUGAAGGUUUUUUAUAUUGCAAAUGGAUUAAAUUAAACUCUCUCUUUCUAAAAACAAUAUGCUGAUGUGUGACUACAUGUGAUUUUCUAUCAAUAAAGAUAUAAGAACAAAAA